GGUCAUGAAAUACCACAGGAGAUCUGGUGGCUCGUCUGCCAAGAGCUCCAGAAGCGGCAGGACGCCCGGAGUCUCUUCAGGGCCGCCCUCGUCUGCUCGAGCUGGGCAAAUCACGCGCUGCCGCUGCUUUACAGCAUCCACGAUUCUGCGGGCACGGAUGAUGUUGGAACAACAUUUCAAGGAAAACACAUGUGGGCCGGCAUGUGGCGGUCCAUCAUCCUGUCCAGCAUUGGCGUGACGCAGUACCCGUACUGUCUAUGGCUCAAGUCACUCGGACUGAGUGAUCUCGAACAACUGCUCGGUGAUGUCGCAUCGAAUGCCAGCCUGAGGCCCAGAUUCUUCGAAGGCCCCAUGCAAGAGUUUGAGAUCCUCAGUGGCUCCAAAAGGACUAGGUUCGGCAAAUCCAUUCUCGAGUGGCAGAAGAUCAUUGAGAAAGUUGGCGACACGGUCACGAAAUUUGCCAAAGAGGCGGCGGAUGAGGAAAACAAGAUCGUGCAGCUUACCAAUCUCGAGGGUGCAAACCUGCCAACUUCCUUGCUAUCCGUCUGGACAUCGCGUCUGGCAACCCUCACCACGCUCUCGAUCCGAGACGGCUCUGUUCUCACAGAAGAGGUUGCAAUCUCCAUACGCGACCAUUGUCCUGCCUUCCGGGAGCUGACGUGUUUCCACAUCCAAGGGCAGACGGUGGAUGAAAACAUGUCUGCUUUCUUCCGCACGUUAAAGCCCAACUCCCUCCAGAGUUUCUCAGUCCUCAGCUCAAAUCAGAUUGGCCACGACACCCUCGAUGGCCUCAUGCAGCACUCGGAAUCUCUGCGGGUCUUGGCCCUCAAAAGCCUGCAGAACACCGCCCUGCCUUUUCUUGAUCUCCUGAGCAAUUGUCAGUACCUCGAGUCGCUCUCGAUAGAAUCUAGCACGCCCUCGCCACCAAGCACCUGGGCGGCAGACGGCAAAGAUCCUCUCGUCGUGGUUUCGGCGUGGCUCCAGGAGUCGAAACACCUACGGAAGCUCGAGAUUCACAACCUCGGCGGCGCAAGCAAACUCCUUUCAGAAGUUCUAAAGUCGCCGACCCUGCGGCUCCGGGACCUUGAAACUAAGCUUGUUGACGACGACGAGACUUUUUAUGUCGCCCUGGGCAAUCAGACCGACCUCGAGAGUUUCAUGUUCCGUUCAAAUAUUGAAGUGAAUGAUCAAGCUGGGCUCAGGCAUGACACGUUCAUAGACUCGAUCUGCUCUUGCAAAAAGCUGAACGACCUAAACAUCAUGCAAAACGAUCAUAUGCAACUGACACCGGAAGACUUGGGGCUGUUCCAGGAGUCACUUCCUGAACUGGAGUCACUCAGCUUCGAUGGCGAAUUGCUGAGCGAUGCGAUCUGGACUCCGUUGAUGGGCAUGACUUCCUUGACAACCAUCAACAUCAACGGUCUCUCUGUAUUUACCUACGAG